GUUGACAUGAGCCAAAAUGGAGUCUAAACAUUAACGAUACCUGCUGGUAGACCAGCAUAAUCACAGGCUUCCCAAAAAGUGGACAAGGUAGUGAAGAGAACCAAAGGAUGGUGCGUGUGGUGUUUCUCCAUCCAGACCUAGGUAUUGGUGGAGCAGAGCGACUUGUCGUUGAUGCUGCGGUUGCUCUGAAGUCUCAGGGAUGUAGUGUUCAGAUCUGGACGGCCCAUCAUGACACAACACACUGUUUCUCUGAGACCCUGGAUCCAGACCUGCCUGUGGUAUGUGUGGGUGACUGGCUUCCCACAAGUGUGUUUGGCUACCUACAUGCCCUGUGUGCCUACCUGAGGAUGAUCUAUGUGGCCCUCUACCUGGUGUUCCUCAGUAGCGUGGAGUUUGACGUUGUGUUCUGUGAUCAGGUAUCUGUAUGUGUCCCGGUGCUGAGACUAUCUCGACACAGGAAAAAGGUUCUGUUCUACUGUCACUUCCCAGAUCAGCUGCUGACUGAGAGGAAGUCAGCUCUGAAGAAGCUGUACCGCACUCCCAUCGACUGGCUGGAGGAACGCACCACGGGCAUGGCUGAUAUGAUUCUGGUAAACAGCCACUUCACUGCAGGCAUUUUCAGGGAGACGUUUCAUAGUCUAAGCAGUGUCCAGACAGAUGUCCUCUAUCCGUCCCUCAACACUCACACCUUUGACAAGUUGUCGACUGAAGCACAAGGCCUGGGAGGCCUGCUCCCUGAAGGAACAUCCUGCCUCUUUCUCUGUCUGAACCGAUAUGAGAGAAAGAAGAAUCUGGGCCUGGCUCUGGAGGCUCUGGCCUUCCUGAAGAGCAGCCUUCCUCCAGCCCUGAGAGCAGGUAUUCAUCUGGUGGUGGCCGGGGGCUAUGAUGACCGGGUUACUGAGAACAUUCAACAUUACAAUGAACUGAAAGAUCUGGCAGCGCAGCUCCACCUACAGGACUGUGUCACUUUCCUGCGCUCCCCCUCUGAUUCACAGAAGGUGGCACUGCUGCAGGGCAGCACUGCUGUGCUCUACACCCCAAGCAGAGAGCAUUUUGGGAUAGUUCCUGUAGAGGCCAUGUACUGCUGCUGCCCUGUUAUUGCUGUGAACUCAGGGGGCCCCCUGGAGAGCGUGGCAGAUGGGGAGACGGGCUUCCUGUGUGAGCCCACAGCCGAGGCCUUCUCUAAGGCGAUGGAGAGGCUCGUCAGGGAGCCGAAGCUCCGCAAGGACAUGGGCCAAGCUGGGAGGAGGAGGGUACAAGAUAAGUUCUCUCUUCAGGCCUUCUCAGACCAGCUGUACAGGUACAUUAUCGGGCUGAGCCAGUGAUGUGAAGGCUGGAGGAGAGGCAAGAGAAAACCAGUGGGAUUGUUGGAAAAUGACCCUCAGCUGAACCGUGAAACUGACUGUGGAUGAGUGGGGUCUGCAGAGAGUUGAAGUGGAUGUCUUCUAACAGAGAAUAUAUGUGCAGGGUGUUUGGGGGGUAUUAUGAGGACUUGGAGGACAAUUAAUCAGCAUUCGCCUGGCGAUGUUGCUGAGAGGAAAAACCGGAUGGAAUUUCUAUAGCAAUUAAGACAGGGGGAACGGGUUUGCUAACCCUCUUUCUGGAAAAAUACCACUCCUGCCAAUGUGUACAUGCACAUAAUUGUACUUGUGUAGCAGUGUGUCAACCAAGAGCCCAGCAAAUGAGUGUACUUGAAAGGAUUGAUUGUUAGCAUAAUGUUUUGUUUAUGCUUGUUCUUCCUUUUUUACUGUAGACUUUGUGCAUUUGGCAGAUGAAGUAGAAGAAUGUAGUUACCACCAUGUUCCAUCAGGCUGUGCACAGUCUCAGAUCGAUCAACGGGAUGCUUCCCACUACGUCCCGUCUGCCCAGAACUUUGUUCCCCUCCUUGCAUUUACAAGGCGCUGGCCUGUCCAUGACUCCUGCUGCUGCGUGGAGGUUAUUAGCAGAUGAUAGAAUGUUUGGCUUUAUUAGAGGUCUGGCUCAUGGGCAGCGUGCCUGUGUCUGGGUCAUUAUCAGCGAGGAGAAUAGCGGAAGGUCAUUGUGUUUGUGCACUGGCCUCCUCAACCCUAAUACUGUAUAGAAAUGCUCUUAUUGACAUUCCCGAAGUCUUAAUAAACAAGAAGACACAUAG